GUGUUAAUUGUCGGCGCCGGCCCCGCUGGACUGCUGUUGGCACUCUUCCUCGCAAAAAGGGGUAUUCAAACCCACGUGAUCGAUUCGGCAAAGACACUGGAUGAUCAACCACGAGCGACACAUUACGGAACUCCUGCCGUUCGCGAGCUCGCUCGUGCAGGUGUAUUGGACGACAUUCAAACUGAAGGCCUGAUUUGUCGGAAGUUCUGCUGGCGCAAACUCGAUGGGGAAGUCAUUGCAGGUCUGGACAGCACUAUGCUCGAUGGCACUCUGGACCAAGUCACCUGUCUUCCACUGAAUCGCGUCAGCAAGAUACUCGUCAAGCACUUGGAGAAAGAAUCGACGGCAACCAUCUCCUGGAGUCACAAGGUUGUCGACAUUGGACAGGACGAGAAUGAGGCUUGGGUAGAUGCCGACACUCCUGAUGGACACAAACGUCUUGGAGCUGAUUACGUCGUCGGCUGUGAUGGCGCACGAAGCAUCGUGCGAAGAAAGCUUUUUGGCGACAUGGACUUCCCUGGACACACACUGGACGAACAGAUUGUAUCCACAAACACGUACUACGACUUCGACAAAUAUGGCUACCAAGAUUCAAACUUCAUCAUUCACCCUGAGCAUUGGCACAUGGCUGCUCGCAUAUCCAACGAUGGCCUGUGGAGAGUCUCGUAUGGAGAGAUUGGAGGACUCUCUCAGGAAGAGAUUAUUGCUCGCCAACCCGAAAAGUUCAAACACAUCUUGCCAGGCUAUUCGGGACCAGACUGUUAUAAGCUCGUCAACAUCAGCCCCUACCGUGUUCAUCAACGACUGGCAAGGAAGAUGCGANNCGGAGGUCUGGGGCUCACUGGCGGAAUCGUGGACGUCGGUGGUCUGUUCGAUUGUCUUCGCGGUAUCUACAAUGGAGUGGCUGACGAGUCUAUCUUGGACGAUUACAGCAGGAUAAGGAGGGAGAAGUAUCUGUCGAUAGUUGAUCCUAUCUCCGUGGAGAACAUCCGUCGAUUGCACAGUCACAAUCCCGAGACAGCGAUUUUUCACGACGGUUUAUUGCAGAUGUGCAAGAAGGCUGAAAAAAGACCCUGA